GGUGUCGGCGCGGGUGAAACCCGCCCUGCUCCGAGAAGGGUUCCUGUUUUUAACGCGAAGCUGUGGCUGAAGUGGCGGACAGGCUGCCGGGUCUCGGACCGAGGUGCUCUGCUGGCGCUGGUCCGCUGCGUUUCGGGAGUUCACAGCUUAUUAAAGGACUUCCUUCAGUCUUAUUAGACGCCUGGGAGGCUUUUUGCUUCAACAAGCUCGCCAAGAUCGUCCAGAAGGUCCUGAAGAUCCUGCAGGAAGCUUCUACUGCGUUGUACCCAGAGGCAGCAGACAUGGUUCUGUCUCUGGUCAGCCUGUGUGCCCGGGAGGUUGUGAGUGAUCACAGUUCUUCACCCUCUUGGCUGAGCUGUUUGCCCCGGGAGCUCUACCGCCCUCUUCUGGAGGCAGCUUUUGCUCACUGCCGCCCUCUGGCUGUAGGUGAGCUGGUCCAGCGCUGGCCUGAGCGGACCCUGAGCAUAGGCGGGCAGAGGACACACGGCCAGAUCCCUCCGAAUCGCCUCUGCAUCCAGGCUCUGCUGCUGGCUGCUGUCAGGGGGUUGACGGACAAAAGGUGUGCUCUGCAGGUGUUGGAUCUGUGUGGUCUGCAGUGUGAUGAGGGCCGGCUGGAGGACUCAAUGGGCGGGUGGUCUCUGACUGUGGCUCUGUGCUCCACCCUGCUGCAGGCGAGAGCCGCCGCCUCCAGGGGGCAUCGUCGAGACGGAGAGCGAGAGAGGAAGAGAGGACUGCACACGGAGAGAGCGAGAGACGGCACAGUCAAACGAGACCGAGGACUGGAGAGCAGGAAAAGAGGGAUGGAGGGAGAAGAGGGAGCGAAUGUCGACUGCGGGGACAACAGAGGAGAGGAGAGUAUAAUUCAGACGAGAGUGCUCUCAGAGGAGGAGACGGUGCGUAGUGUGCGGAGGAGGAUGGAGCUUCAUAGGAGAAAUGAACCUCAGCAGAAUGCCUCCAACUCCAGCUCCUCCAGCCCAGACGGGGACCAGGCAGUGGUGGUACGUGUUCGAGCCGAUCUGUUCAUAAAUGCCCGCUCGUGGGAGAGGGUCCGUGGAGCGCUGAGCCUGCCUGGCCCGAUGAGGCUUUACUGCCGAUAUCUGCGGGUUGAGGAGCUUCCAGCUCCUUCAGUGGCCUCUUUGCUGGAGCUACUUCCCAGAGAUGGUCUUCUGGGGCUGGAUAUCCGCUACUCCAGCCUGGGUGUGUCUGGCCUGGCACUGCUGCUGCCUCUCUUAGAGCCGUUUCCACUGCUCCACUCACUCAGACUGCACUACUGCAACCUGGACCUGCAGCGCAGUCAGCCAGGGCAGCAGGGGGCGCUGCAGGACAUGUGCCGUGGACUCAGUGCUCUGAAGAGGCUCCGCAGGCUCAGCCUGACUGCACUGAGGCUGCCUGGACAUCUGCGCCUGCUGCUUAGCUCCCUCUCUCAGCCUCUAGAGGUGCUGGAGCUGCCGUAUCUCAGCCUCACUCCGGCGGACCUGUCCUACCUCUCCUGCAGCCCUCACGCCUCGUCCCUCAGAAAGAUGGACCUGAGUGAGAACAGGCUGGACGACUCGUCCGUCCCAUCACUGCGACGGCUCUUUUCUCAGGCUGAAUCCUGCCUGGCUCAGCUCUCUCUGUGUGGCUGCGGCCUCUCGGACGUCCUGCUGGGGGCGCUGCUGCCCUCUCUGUCACGCUGCAGGACCCUCCGGACCCUCAGGCUGGCCCUGAACCCCCUGACACGGAAUGGCCUAGUGUCUUUAGCGUGGAUGGCUGCAGGCCUACCCUCGCUACGGUUGCUCCUGUACCCCUACCCACUGGAGGACUAUGAGCCUGGCCUGCCUCCGCUGCCCUCCAGCGCCCAGCUUCUGGACUGGCCACUGCUGGAGGAGUCUGAGGUCAGGGAGCUGACACUGAUGCAGCUGGAGGAGGUUCUGACGGCCAAAGGCCGCCAGCACGACCUCCUGAUGACCUCAGACUUGCUUAAAUAUAGCACUGACCUGACAGGGGAAGACUAGAGUCUGAAAAUGGAGCAGGUUUCUUUACGUGUCUUUGUUCUGCUCUAAAUCAAUGAGUGUCAACUCUGGCCUGUAUAUUGUUUAUCCUACAUACAUAAUGAAUUAUUAACACACGCUUCCAGGGCAUUUCUGCAUAUCUGAGGUACUAAGAUGUAAACAAAGUCAUUCAGAGCGGUUUGGUGUGAAAUGCUUUGUUCUAGAGGACCUUAUCGAGUCAGAACUGCUCACAGUGGUGGUGAUGGGAACCAGACGUCCACCUCUAUAAGCUCCUCACAGGACGUUAUUAAUUGAAAUGGCUGUGAAUAUGUGUAUGUGUCAAAAAUGUAGAUUUAUAAAAAGUUUAGGAGGGCUUUGGGCCUGUGAGGCAAAAUAGUCUCCAAAGAAAACAAAUUUUUCAAAUUUAACACUAUUUUACCAUCAACG